AUGCCAGAACAAUCCAAAGCCGAUCUCAUCUCCGAGCGUCAAUCCAACCUUCCUCUCCCUGAACAACCCCCUGUGGCAAGCGACUGGCAAUCCGCUGAUGCAACCAAAGUCAACAUUGGAUCAGGCAGAGACGUCACCAGCCAGACCUCGACUGGCAAUGCUUCCGAAGCUGGACUGGAGGGCGCUGCUACUAAAGGAAGUGGUGUUAGAGAAGCAGGUGGUGUAGAUUUGACAAACAUUGGACGCGAAGGUGUUGAAAAUAAGAAUUGA